CUCUGACGUCUUUUCGAACAACAUUGGGACCUGCUUAAUUGGAUGCUUAUGAUGAUUAGUAAAGGGUUCAGGUCCGUCAACUUCGAAGUGGUCUCCCAAGAAAAUGCUUCUAGUACUAUGAUCAAAACUUCCGGCGAAGGCUCCUGGAAAACGUCUUCGUUCUACCUCGAUUCAUCUGGGCGCUCGAGCAUUUCGGUGCCUUUACGUCUCACAUUUCCCUCCCAAGAGAGCAUCGACGAUUUUUUAUCCAACACUCGAAUUGACCUCUCAAACAAUACCGAUGUAAAGGAGGAACUUGUGGCCGCCGAUCACGGUGACAAGAAAGAUGCGAAUCCCUCGGAAUAUCAGCUUUCUAUUGAAGCCAAAGUGACCCUGACUGUGGGAUCCGGCGAAGCUGUUGCCGCAGCUGUUGAAGACGUUCUUCUUCAAAGUUUCGCAAAGGAAUCUCUUUCGCUCAUCCUUAAAACUACAAUUCUUAUGCGAGUUUCUCGAGCAAACGGCGAAAAGCUGGAUACCGAAGGCGCUGCUAGCGUAAAAACGAACAUCGAAAUCGCCGCCGUAGUGAACGAAUCACUUUCAGGGCUUUCAAAAGAACAACAUGCUCGAGAAAUACUGGACGCGCUUCAUCGGGGCGGUAUAGUUGGUCUCAGUACAGCGGAAAAUAAUUCUCAUCGUCUACGCCAGACGAGACUAACGCCCGUGAUGUUGCACGUCGCAUUGACUCAUGCAUUUUCCAUUGCCGUUCGAACCGUCAAUCCAACUUCCUUCGAAGAGACGUUAAUAUCCUUGACAAUACGGCAUUCAAAUACUCAUAGCGAGCCAGUCCAGAUUACGAAUGUCGCACUUCAUCCCAGCCAUUCCAGGGUGGUCGACAAUGGUGAGUGUGACAGCGCACAAAGGCCGAACCUUGUCGUUGACAUGAGCAAAUCCGUUCAAUGGGGCUUUGCCGAUCAAGACGACACUAACCUACCUCGCGUCCUCGAGCGGAAUCAAGCUAUAUCGUUAAUUCUACGGGUAAUGGCUUCGGAUGACGUGCGUUCGCGCAUUUUUGUUUCACCCAUUUCCGUCACUGCAAACGUCGGUUGCUACGAGCCAAGCAAAAGUCAGCACACCGUCUUAGCGGCAGCAGAUGCCCAAUGGACCAGUGUACGAUCCGCUGUGGAGCCGUCGGAUGCCUUUCGUGUACAAAUAAAUGUAGUUGAGACGGAGGUCAAAGUUGGGGCUCCGUUUGUAUUGCUCCUGAAUGUGUCCAAUUUGAGUGCCGAUCCUCGGGAUAUUGAGCUUCGACUUGAAAAGAGCAAAUUCGUCGAAGACAGUGUAUCUGUUAUUGGAUCACAAACGGUCCUCUUUCGUGGCUUGGAUGCAGGUUGUUCACGGGAUUGGAGUUCUCUUGGGGAUGAACACCUCCUCGCCAUGGAGCAAUCUCUAUACCUGGGAGAAGUUAAAGCCUCUGAAAAAACCAGUGCUGAGAUCCGCUUCAUUGCUUUGCAGCCCGGGACAUUGAACAUACCCAGUUUCGAGCUGCACGACAGAAAGAGUGAUAAAUUUUACCGAUGUGUGCAUAAUGUAAGAAUUGUUGCGACUGCAUGA